AAACAUUCAUUACUUUACAAUUACAGCCAACUUUUCACCACUGGUUUUAUCGAUCGGAAUCAUAAUCUGCGGAAUUGUUUUCAUAAUCGCCUCAACAAUAAUUAUAAUCCUAUGGUUUAGGCAUAAGAUUAGAUUCUCAGACCUGAAAAUAGGUCAGACCUUAUCGGUUGACAUAAACAAUGGAAAGACAAACCCUAUGGCCAUCGGUUCGGGCAGUUCUGGCAGUUCCCGCACCGACUCCGACAUCAAGAUGGAGGUCAGAACCGCCAGCUCUCUGUCCCAACAGUGGGACGACACCGACCAACAGUCCAAUGGACACAAUGAGCCCAAAGAUAUUACACAAGUGUUGAAUAAUAUUUAUAACAAAACAAACAGUUCUUCACAGGCUUUUGUCUUUCCAAGCGUUCAGAAUGGAAACGGUUUUAUCCCGACUUAUGUGGACUACAGCCACGACUACCUUCUGGUGCCGUCAGCACAACUGCCAUCCAAUCACAACAGCCUAUCGCCAAACCAUACCCAACACGCGUCCAUUAUUAUCUCAUCCGUAGACAACCAAAGGGCCAGUUAUGCAAUAGAGCCCACGUAUGGCACACUCCUGGCCGGUGACCAGAGGUACCGACCGGUCGGUUACGCCAAUCCAUACCUCAGGACAUCUAAUUCAUCAUCAGUUGUGACAACAAAUAGUGAUAUAAAUAACACAAACAAUCAAUUGUCUGCCGGAAUGUAUUCCGCGAACCAAAUGUAUAUCACAAACGGCGGACACAACGGCCAGACGUCGGCCAACAACCAAUUGGCUACACAUGUCUAACCGCAUACCUGUGCUAUAGUUUUAGGCAAUUAAUACACUAAUCGUUUAU